GUUGUGACCCUUCCUAACCUAAUUGUAUCUCUGUCCUGACAUGUGGUUUAUAUCUGUGUUAUGAUAAAUAAUUUUAAAUGAUCGUUUUCUUUUUAAGAACAAAAAGAAAGUGUUGAAAACGGAAUAAAAAUGGAGAAAACAGUGGACGAUUUAGGAGAAAAUGGAGAACAAGUAACAUGGCAAGAUUUGGGGUUACCAGACUCUCUGUGUCAAGCAUGUGUUGACCUGAAGUGGAAAUAUCCUACAAAAAUUCAACGCGAAGCGGUUCCUGUUGCUAUUGAAGGGAAAGAUGUGAUAGGUUUGGCUGAAACUGGUUCUGGAAAGACUGCAGCUUUUGCACUUCCAAUAUUAAAUGCUCUUUUACAAAAUCCCCAAAGGUAUUUUGCAUUAAUAUUGGCUCCUACUCGAGAAUUGGCAUUUCAAAUUUCUGAACAAUUUGAAGCUUUAGGAGUGACGAUUGGAGUAAAAUGUGCUGUUAUAGUAGGAGGAAUGGAUAUGAUUUCUCAAGCACUAACUUUAGCAAAAAAGCCUCACAUCAUUGUUGCUACACCAGGUCGACUAGUUGAUCACUUAGAAAACACAAAAGGAUUCAAUUUACGUUCUCUCAAGUUUUUGGUAAUGGACGAAGCUGACAGAAUAUUAAACAUGGAUUUCGAAGUAGAAGUUGACAAAAUUUUGAAAGUUAUUCCCAAAGAAAGAAGAACGCUUCUAUUUUCUGCAACAAUGACGAAGAAAGUUGCUAAACUUCAAAGAGCUUCUUUGCAAAAUCCCGUUAAAGUUGAAGUUUCUACUAAAUAUUACACAGUUGAAAUGUUGCAACAAUACUUUAUUUUCAUGCCGGUUAAGUUUAAGGAUCUGUAUCUCAUUCAUCUUCUUAAUGAAUCAGCAGGAAAUAGUUUUAUGGUAUUUUGUUCUACUUGCAAUAAUACACUAAGAACUGCACUUCUUCUUAAAAACCUGGGACUUACCGCUGUACCCUUACAUGGUCAAAUGUCUCAAAACAAAAGAAUAGCUGCCUUGACAAAAUUUAAAUCGAAAAAUAGAUCAAUUCUUGUUUCAACUGACGUUGCUAGCAGAGGUUUAGAUAUCCCGCAUGUGGAUAUAGUUAUUAAUUUUGACAUACCUACACACAGUAAGGACUACAUACACAGAGUUGGCAGGACUGCACGAGCUGGGCGUGCAGGUCGUUCCAUAACGUUCGUGACUCAAUAUGAUGUGGAAUUGUAUCAAAGAAUAGAACAGUUAAUUUCGAAAAAACUUCCUUCCUAUCCUGUUGAAGAAGAUAAAGUAAUGUCUCUCGAAGAAAGAGUAACAGAAGCAUUGCGUAUGGUCAAAACGAAACUGAAAGACCUUGAUGACAUUAAAAAAUCUGGAAAAAGAAAGGGAUCUCGAAAAGUUGAUGAAGAUGAUGACACAGAAGAAUCAUUCGGAGUGAGAAAACGAAUUAAAUAUAAGAAAGGAAAUAAUUUUAAAGGAAAAAGUAAAAACUAAAUUGUUUUUAAAAUAUCAGAUUGUUUAAUAUUUCACGAUUUUUUUAAGACCGUAGUAAAUAUGUUCUGCAUUGAACUUUUAAUUUAAAGUCUACUAAAAAAUUAAUUGUAAUAAUUAUAAUUAAUAUUAAAUUUCUUAUAACAAAAUAUAAA